AAUGGGUGUAUGCUCAAAUAAAAGUGAAGCAUUGAACCAUGUGGAAGAGGUAUAUUUUUAUAAUACUAUAAUACUAGAUUACUCAAUUAUUAGAUAUUGAUAAUCCUGGGAAUGUUAAUCACAAAUAUGCGAAUAAUAUAACACUCAUUCCAAAUUAGUAUAUUGGAACAGGAAUUAAAAUAACUAAUCAAUAUUAAACCAAUUUCUCUAAAAUGGAAUGGGAAGAGAUGUAAAAAGCAUUUUGGGGUAGAGUUAUAAAUUAUAUCAAGAUAGUCAUAAAGACAAUUCUUAAUGGUAAAUCAUUAGAAAAGUCCUUUCUUGUAAUGAUGAAUGUAUCAUAAGAUUUCAUACUAUUUUAUAGCCAAAAUUCUUAAAAUUUUAAAGUAAGCCAAUUUGAAACUGAUUCGCAAUUCAAUUUAAUUAUUAGUUUAAGAUAACAGUAGUAUAUUUGCUGUAUAAAUAAGAGCAAAUAUUUCAAGUUCCUGUAUUCAUUAUUAACGAGCCAAUUUCUUGGAGCAAUUAAAAUUUUGAAUUAAAAUUCGAAACCUCUAUGUUAAAAGUAAUUUAAAGACUAUCUAGGUGAGAGUGAAAAGUAGUAAACUUCCUUAAGAUUUUGAAAUUUAAGUUUCAAGUACUUCUAAGAUUUAUGAAAUCAAAUUAAUCAUAUUAGAGGCUGCAAAAGAGAAAACUUGCAGAUUAUUUUUUAAUGGAAAAGAAUUAGUUGAUUAGAAUUAAUUAGGAAAUUAUUCUAUAAGUUCUGGAACUGUAUUACUUAAUUAUAAGGUUAGGUAAUUUAAGCUUUUUUGUGA